CGACUGCAAGCUUUGGAGAAAAAGCUUGAAGCAUUGCUACAACCAAAAUAUGGAGAUUCUUGGUUCUCAAGCUACUUUUUUGGACGAGAUGGCCUGAAUAAUGGACGAGGCAUUGCAGGACCACCUGGACCUCCUGGAACCCCGGGGAAGGAUGGAAAGGACGGGAAGCCUGGUUCAAAAGGAGAACGGGGAGCUGUGGGGAGGCCUGGUGAUGCUGGAGCUAAAGGAGACAGUGGGCAACCUGGAAAGUCCAGUCGAGGUCCCCCUGGACCUAAGGGAGACCGAGGCGCAGUUGGAAGCCCUGGACAAUCUGGGAAGACUGGAGCAAAGUAUGUUCGUUGGGGCAGAACUUCAUGCCCUAACGCUGCUCAGAUUGUCUACAAAGGAUUGAUUGGUAGCGGUGAUUACCAUCAUGAAGGCGGUGGAGUGAACUACCUCUGUCUACCACGCAGUCCAAAGUAUGACAAGUACCGGAACGGACACCAGAGCUUGGGACGGGUGUAUGGUACUGAGUAUGAAGUGAGCAAUUUCAAUCCUUUCAAAAAAUCCCUUGAUAACCAUGAUGCACCAUGCGUGGUAUGUUAUGUCAAGCCACGUGGAUCCAUGCUUAUGGUGCCUGCAAGGAACGAUUGUCCAUCUGGCUGGACUGAGGAGUAUCAUGGGUAUCUCAUGACUGCAUACUACGGCUACAAAUCGCAGCGCGACUUUAUUUGUGUCGAUAAGGAUGCUGAGGCCCGCCCAAACUCUUCGACAGACAGUAAUGGUGCACUUCUGUAUGCCGUGGAAGGUGUUUGUGGCUCACUCCCGUGUCAUCCAUAUGUUAGCGGACGAGAGUUGACCUGUGCUGUAUGCACCAAGUAAGAGGUGAAAUGAUUCUCCUCGUACACAAGGAGACACCUCUGCAGACUAUUGUGAUUAUUUUGAUAUGGAAUCGGUGCUGGUUUUGUGAAUAA